GGGAACAACGAGGUAAAUUCUGUGGUACGUCUACUCCCUCUCCAGUCCAAUCACGUACGAACAAACUAUGGAUAAAAUAUCGAACAGAUAGAAGUAUCGGAGGUCGUGGUUUCCAGGCAACCUAUUUUACCAGUUGUAAUACCAGAUUAACCAGUCACGACGGUGUAAUAGAAAGUCCCAAUUUCCCUAACAGCUAUCCUCAUAUACGUAACUGUACCUGGGUAAUACAGACUACAUUUGGCAACAAGAUCAACGCCUCCUUCUCACAUUUUGACCUGGAAGGCUCAGCCACCUGUUCCUAUGACUACCUACAGCUAAUGGAUGGUAACAGACCAACAUCAAAUUUGAUUGGUCGAUAUUGUGGUAAUACCAUCCCACCUUCUAUAUCAACCAAUGGUUCAACUCUAUCUCUCAACCUGGUUACAGAUCAAUCCGUAGCUGGAAAUGGUUUUAGACUCGAAUGGGUGACAGACGGUUGUGGUGGAGACUUAGUCACGGAUACCGGAACCUUUACCAGUCCUAACUAUCCCAACGCUUACCCAAAUCGUAGAGAAUGUAUCUGGAAGAUCACCGUGGGAACAGGAAAAUCUAUUCAACUAACGAUAAAUCCGUUUGAUUUAGAAUCUCAUUCUAACUGUAAUUAUGAUGUAUUAGAUAUCUAUGGUGGACCGGAUGAUUCAGCUCCUAGAAUCGCUCAUCUGUGCCAUACCCAGACUACACCUCAAGUUGUCCAGACGACCGGAAACACCAUGUUUGUACGAUUUAAAUCAGAUAGCAGUAUCUCAGGAACGGGAUUUAGCGCCACCUAUCAAUCCCAAACAGGAGGAUGUGGAGGUAACUUUAGUACACCAAGUGGUACGAUCGUAUCCAAGAACUACCCCAGUAAUUAUCCCCAUAAUACAGACUGUCAGUGGUUGAUCACAGUCGAGGAGAAUCGACCAGUUGUCAUCACAUUUAAUGAUUUUGACGUGGAGGGAAGUUCAACUUGUAACUACGACUAUGUAGCCAUUUAUGAUGGAGGGGAUACGUCGUUUCCUGAGUUAGUGAAACAUUGUGGCACGUCUCUUCCUAUUCCAAGUGUUUACAGGUCGUCCAAUAAUCAGGUUUAUAUCAGAAUGAGGUCAGAUGGCAGCGUUGCAGCACGAGGUUUCAAAGCUAGCUAUGUAACAGGUUGUGGUGGUAGAAGGAAUGCUGAAACUGAUGGUGCUAUCAUGUCCACUAAUUAUCCCCAGGCGUACGACAGAAACAGCAACUGUACAUGGUUAAUCCAGGCUGAUCAUAACAGUGACCGAAUAACCUUGACCUUUACGCAUAUGGAUGUGGAACAACGCGGAAGUGGAUGUAACCAUGAUUAUUUACGCGUACUGGAUGGUAAUGAUGUCAAUUCACCAGAAAUAGGAACAUACUGCGGUACUACUGUUCCUGCGCCAAUCACAUCCCAAGGCUCAGCCAUGUUUGUUGUAUUUAUUUCUGACGGAUCUUCCCAGAGUUCUGGCUUCAGGGCCACCUACACCAAGUCUGCUUCUAGUUGUGGUGGAGCGUUUACAGCUCAAAGUGGUUCAUUUACCAGUCCGUCAUAUCCCAAUAGUUAUCCUGCAGCUACAGAAUGUGUCUGGACAAUCCAGUCUUCACCUGGUAAUAGUAUCUUGAUAUCAUUCAGUGUUUUUAACAUAGAAUGGAGUCCAUCAUGUCUUUCCGAUUACGUAGAGAUUCGACAAGUAAAUGCAGCAGGUAGUUUGAUUGGCCGAUAUUGUGGUUCAUCAAUACCUUCUAAUGUAACGGCAGCUAAUGGAGUAUGGAUGAAAUUCCGAUCGAACAAUUUAACAACAGGCACCGGAUUUGUUGGGGAGUAUAAUUCCGUUUUUGGUGGUGAUUUGUCGGGUAGUUCUGGGCAGAUUUCCUCCCCUCUGUACCCAGGCCGUUACCCACACAGCUCUGACAGUACAUGGAAAGUUACUGCCCCUGUUGGUAUGAGAAUACGUAUAUCAUUUACAGCAUUUAAUGUCGAGGGACCAAGAGGUUCGGUGUGUGUUUGGGAUUAUGUCAAGAUUUUAGAUGGUGGAGCGUCUGACAGUCCUGAGUUGAUUCGUUAUUGUGGAUCGAAUAUCCCCGAUCCUAUUAUUACUACAUCCAAUCAGAUGCAAGUUGUUUUUCAUACUGAUAGGUCCUCCAAUGGAAAUGGUUUCUUGUUGAAUUGGCAAGCUACGUCAGAUGUACCUAUCAGCUCCACGACCCCGGCACCAGGAACCACUCAAGUUCCAGGAUGUGGUGGAACUCUUUACGCCACAAAUAAUGCCCAGACUCUUCAAUCACCUGGUUAUCCAGGCGGUUAUCCACAUAGUUUAAAUUGUGUUUGGGUUAUCCAGUCACCAUUAGGUACUCGUGUAGCGGUGAAUAUAACAGAUAUAGAUCUAGAAGUACACGGUAUCUGUAGAUAUGAUGCUGUCUCUUUCUUUGAUGGUGUAGACACUGGACGCCGUAACCUAGGUAAUUAUUGUGGUCGUACUAGAAACACUGCUCUGAUAACAGCCACCACCAACAGAAUGGCCAUUAGAUUUAAAACAGAUGUAUCAGUCAAUAAAACAGGAUUCUCUCUUAAUUAUAUGACAGCUUGUGGUGGAUCUAUAGAGGGUCAAUUAACAGGUGUAAUAAAAUCACCUGGUUACCCUGGUAACUAUCCAGCCAAUCAGAACUGUAGCUGGACUAUUAAAAUGGUGAACGGUCGAACAGUCAGUGUCAGGUUUAACGGAACAUUCAACCUUCCUGGAAAUGAUUAUGUCCAAUUGUUGAAUGGUGGUAACUCGGCAUCACCUCCCCUUGGUAACGGAACAGACAGAAGCGGAAAUGGUCGUUACUAUGGUAACAGUUUACCGAGUGUACUAGAGACAAGCAGCAAUUUGUUAUAUGUUAAUUUUAUAUCCGACGCAUCUACCAGCGGAAGCGGGUUCUCGAUGAUCUACAGCGAAGUUCAAGUGACAUGUGGAGGAAGGUUAACUUUAACGAACUCGGUGUCUAGCGGCUACUUCAUGUCGCCUAACUAUCCACAAAACUACCCACAUAAUGUGGACUGUAUCUGGAUAAUAAUGGCACCAGGUGGAGAAAGUGUGCAGGUGGAUUUCGAGGGAGCAUUUAGUAUUGAAAAUCAUGUCAGGUGUUCAUACGAUUAUAUUGAAUUCCGUGACGGAGGCACAGAAAACUCUGCUCUCAUCAACAACCAGAAAUAUUGUGGUAGUACAGCACCAGGAACGAUUCGGUCUACAGGAAAUGUUUUAUACGCUAGGUUCCGUACCGAUAACAGUCUACCACGCGUGGGCUUUAAGGCCAAAUAUAAGAUUGCAACGUGUGGUGGUACUAUAAACGGUGACAGUGGUACAAUAACUAGUCCCAACUAUCCCAGUAACUAUGGUGAUAACAGCGAUUGUGAAUGGUAUAUCAACGCUCCAACAGGUCACUAUAUCACCUUCACCUUCACGGCUUUUACCUUGGAAACAUCAAAUAACUGUACUAAUGACUUUUUACAGAUCAGAGAAGCCAACGCCACAGGUAAUUUGUUGAUGAAUAGAUGUGGAGCAACUAUACCGACACCUGUAGAUACAUCCGAUAGUUUCGCUUACCUCAGAUUUAAAUCUAACUCAGCCACAUCUGCUACAGGAUUUAGCCUCAGUUUCCAGGCCAGUGUUGAAACAUGUGGUGGAGAUCUUACAACCCCAACAGGAACUUUUACCUCACCAAAUUUCCCAGGUCUCUAUGCACAUAAUCGAGUGUGUACAUGGAAAAUUCGAGUUCAGUCUGGACGGCGUAUUUCUCUCCGCUUUAACGAUUUUAGAUUAGAGAGUUCGUCAUCAUGUCGUUACGAUUUUGUCCAGGUGUUCAAUGGAAUUUUUCCUGACAGUCCACAAAUAGCCAGAUAUUGUGGCGUGACUCCACCAGAGAUUACCGAAUCGUCGGGAAAUACGAUGACCGUUCGUUUCAAGACAGAUAGCUCUCAGUCUAAUGGUGGAUUCUCGGCUACUUAUACAUCUGAUAACGAAGCAUCCUGCGGAGGUCGUCUGACAGAACCUGGUAAUAUUACCUCCCCUGGAUACCUGGAGAAUGGUAACUAUAGCAACAGUCUGGACUGUCAGUGGCUAAUGAUUAACCCAUCAAUAGUCAAUUCCUCUAUAAAAAUAACGGUGAAAGAUUUAUCGCUGGAACCAACUCGAGGUGGUGCCUGUGGUUUUGAUUUUCUGAGAAUAAAAGAAGGAAAUGAUGCAACUGGUCAGAUAUUGGAGAGUUUCUGUGGUAACAAUACGAUUUCACGCCCCGUUGUUACACCUAGUUCAUCACUAUGGAUACGAUUUAAAACGGAUACUUCUAUAAUAGAUCGAGGCUUUAACGUGGAGUUUAACUUCACCAGUUGUGGUGGUGUUUUAACGGCAAGUAAUGGAAUAAUAACCAGCCCCAAUUAUCCCAAUGAUUAUGAUCAUAUGGACGCCUGCGCCUGGAAGAUCAUGGCUCCCGCGGGAACUAGAAUCAGAGUUCGUUUUUCCAACUUUUCAAUUGAAACUCAUCCCGCCUGUCGCUACGACAACUUGGAAUUAUUCAACGGAGGCAAUACUGACUCGCCGUCAAUUGGUAAAUUCUGUGGUACGACCGCACCAGAUGAGUUCCGUUCACAGAGUAACCAAAUACGCAUUGUGUUCAUUUCAGACAUUAGUCUCUCGGCACCAGGUUUCAGACUCAUUUAUUCAUUUGAAACGGAAGGUUGUGGAGGUUUAUAUCAUGGUAACAGUGGUUCUAUACAAUCACCCAAUUAUCCAUCACCUUAUCCACAUAAUACCGAAUGUCUGUGGGAUAUUAAUGUUGAUAAUGGUCGGAUCAUCUUAUUAAACUUUAUUCCACCGUUUGACAUGGAAAGCGGGUCCUGUAAUUUUGAUUAUGUUGAGACGCGAGACAGUUUAUCCAACAGAACUCUGGUACCAAUCGGCCGAUAUUGUGGUAAUACAAACCCACCUCUUACCACAUCAUCAACAAAUCGCCUCGUGGUUAAAUUUAGGUCAGAUUCAUCCUUUAAUGGUAAUGGUUUCGCUGCCAACUGGACUGUGGGUUGUGGUGGAACAUUUACUGCCGAUACAGGCACCAUUUUAUCCCCUAGUUAUCCGAACCGUUAUGAUAACAACUUGAACUGUACCUACAACAUCGCAGUUGACCCGGACAAGUUCAUUCUCGUAACCUUUGACUCCACUAACUUCGAUAUUGAAAGUGGUUCAUCAUGUCAGUAUGAUGCGAUAUCAGCUUACGAAGGUAAUGAUACAUCAGGUAGAUCUCUGGGUAAAUUCUGUGGUACGACACCACCUCAACCAGUCAGUGCUCUGGGUAAUAUGGUACUCACCUUUAAAACAGAUGGUUCUAUCCCAGGAAAAGGAUUUAGAAUCAUCUACAGAGCAUCAGUAUGUGGUGGGGUAUCUACAGAAGCUCACGUUUAUUCAAGUUAA